AUGGAGGCGAUUAAAAAGAAGAUUGCGGCGUUGAAGCAAGAGAUGGAUGCUGCUAAUGAAAAAGUAGAGGCAAAUGAAGCGAAGGCGAGAUCAGAGAACUUUCGUGCGGAUAAGCUGAACGACGACGUAAGAGAUCUGGCUAAAAAGCUCACUCAGCUCGAACGAGAUUACGAAGUGGCCAAAGCGAAUUUAGAGCAAUCUACCGCUGAUUUGGAACAAUGCGAAAAAUCUUGGUCUAAGGCAGAGCAAGAUCGAACCACGUUGACCAAGAGGGUGCAAGAAAUUGAAACAACGUUAACGAAGAAGGAGGAAUUACGUAUUACUGCUCAAACGAAACUUGGACGUGCAUCAGAACUUGCGGAUGAUGCACGAAGAAUGUGCAAAGUAUUAGAAGAUAGAAGUCGGCUGGACGAAGAACGCAUGGAAAAAUUGAUGCAAGAACUGAAAGAUGCAAGAUUAAUUGCUGAAGAUGCGGACGCCAAAUCUGAGGAAAUAUCGAAGAAAUUGGCGCUCGUUGAAGAGGAAUUGGAAGGAGCGGAGGAGAGAGUGAAAACCAGCGAGGCAAAAAUCAUAGAACGGGAAGAUGAGCUUUUUAUCGUGCAAAACAUCGUAAAAUCUUUAGAAGUAUCCGAGGAAAAGGCUAAUGCACGAGUGGAAGACUUCAAAAUACAAUUAAAACAAUUAAAAAAAAAAUUGAGGGAGGCUGAGAAACGUGCCAUUCAUGCUGAAAGAACAGUGAAAAAAUUGUUGAAGGAAGUCGAUAUGAAGGAAGAUGAACUCAGAGAAGAAAAAGAAAAAUACAAAGCAGUCUGUGACGACAUGGAUGCUACAUUCGCAGAAAUGACAGGAUAUUAA